AUGGUCCGAAAACUCAAGCAUCACGAGCAGAAGCUCCUGCGAAAAACCGACUUCAUCUCAUACAAGUCGGACAAUGACCACCGCGACAAGGCCGUCAUCCGGCGGUACAUGAUCCAGAAGCCUGAGGACUACCACAAGUACAACCGUCUAUGCGGAUCCCUCCGACAACUUGCGCACCGCCUUUCCCUCCUCCCUCCUGAGAACCCCACCCGCCGAAAGCACGAAGAACUCUUGCUCAACAAGCUCUACGAUAUGGGGAUUCUCUCGACGACUGCGAAGCUCUCCGCCGUGGAGAACAGCGUCACUGUCAGUGCGUUCGCAAGGCGGAGACUGCCCGUGUUGAUGACCCGAUUGCGCAUGGCCGAGACUGUCCAGGCCGCGACCAAGAUGAUUGAGCAAGGACACGUGCGAGUCGGCACGGAGACCGUCACGGAUCCCGCGUACCUCGUGACGAGAGGCAUGGAGGACUUUGUGACAUGGACGGUGGGAAGCAAGAUCAAGCGAAACAUUAUGAAGUACCGAGACCAGCUGGACGACUUCGAGCUCCUGUAAGAAGUUUUGGGGCAUGGAUGAGAGGUCUAUGGGCCUGUGGCAAUGGCUGUCAACAAACACGCAUUGGGAUCGAGGAGUUUGCGGCGCAAGACUAUUUGGAACGGCUUUCGGACGCAUUUUUGCACCUGCAAUUACGGAUCUGGAUUUAAACAAAAGUUCGCAGGGCUGCCAGGGUUGAUUUGCUGUGGAUGGUGGUCGGCGACUUUGUGCUAGAGCUGCUCUCAACACUUCUGGCAGAUCACUAGCCAUCGUGGAAGCGCAUUGACAUCUGGCUUGGAAGAAUGGCAGGAGGACGAGUGGACAACAACGAUAGCGAAAUUCGUGUCGCUUAACGACCAGCUUGAGACUCGCGGCUAGACAGACAGCAAUAUGUUACACCAGCUCGGCGGGAAUAGGUCAACCUACAACCCAGCGAAGCCGAGCUCGAUGAGGUUACCGUGGCAC